AAACAAAUAUUUUGUGCAGUGAUAUAUACCGGAUGGAUGGGUCCAGCCAGCACGUUUUUAUUAGUCGGUGGUCCUAAAACAGGUCAAUCCCGCACCGUUAGUCGUCCGUCAUUCACAUUAAGCGACACCGUCACACGCUCGAGCUGUGGGCAGAGUUUAAACCUUCAGUCAACGUUGACGUGAUUAUUACAAGUGCGACCGGUGUCACGGUUGUAGGUCCGACGAAACUCAUCCUUAAAUCUAAAGAAGGUGAAGGUAGCCGGUUCAGUCAUGCUUCGUCUGGUGAGGAGCCAGGGUAGAAGGUUUAGAGGCUGCGUGCGCUGUCAGAAGAGAUCUAACCAUCAUCAGAAUCACCACAGUGUCAUAGCCAUCAGACGUGAGGAUGUCAACGUGUGGGAGAGACGGGCGCCGCUGGCUCCACGGCACGUGAAGGAGAUCACAGCCGCCGGGCACAAGGUGCUGGUGCAGCCCUCCAACAGACGGGCCAUCCACGACAGGUUCUAUGAAAAAGCAGGUGCUAUUGUCCAGGAGGACAUCUCAGAGGCGUCUCUCAUCGUCGGUGUGAAAAGACCGCCGGAAGAAAAGCUGUACCCCCGCAAAACCUACGCGUUCUUCUCGCACACCAUCAAAGCUCAGGAGGCAAACAUGGGACUUCUCGACGACCUUCUAAAAAAGGACGUGCGACUCAUUGAUUAUGAGAAAAUGGUGGAUCCCAACGGCUUCAGAAUUGUAGCGUUUGGACAGUGGGCUGGUGUUGCCGGAAUGAUAAACAUUUUACACGGUCUGGGGUUGCGUUUUCUUGCUCUUGGACACCACACCCCAUUUAUGCACAUUGGCAUGGCACACAACUACAGAAACGUCAGUCAGGCCAUCCAGGCGGUGAGGGAUUGCGGGUAUGAAAUUUCCUUGGGUCUGAUGCCCAAGUCCAUAGGUCCUCUUACAUUUGUGUUUACUGGCACCGGCAAUGUGUCUAAGGGUGCCCAAGACAUUUUCAACGAACUCCCGUGUGAAUACGUUGAACCUCACGAACUCAAGGAAGUCUCGGAGACUGGAGAUUUAGCCAAAGUCUACGGCACAGUGAUCAGCAGACAUCACCACCUGAUGAGAAAGAGCGAUGGACUCUAUGACCCCCUGGAGUACGAAUACCAUCCUGAACUGUACACGUCACACUUCAGAAAGACCGUGGCCCCUUACACAACCUGUCUGAUAAAUGGAAUAUAUUGGGACCCUCAGACACCCAGAUUGCUGCGACGUCUGGACGCUCAGCGUUUGAUCAGACAAAAUACGUCAACAUCAGCAUCACCUGAUCAUGGCUGCCCCGCCCUUCCCCACAAGUUGUUGGCUAUCUGUGACAUCUCGGCAGACACAGGUGGCUCCAUCGAGUUCAUGACUGAGUGCACCACUAUUGAGAAACCCUUCUGCAUGUAUGACGCAAACCAACAUAUCGAUCAUGACAGAUUAUUUUCAGGUGUAGUAACACCAAGUGUUGAAGGAAAUGGCAUUCUGAUGUGUUCCAUUGAUAAUCUGCCCGCUCAGCUGCCGAUUGAAGCCUCUGAGUAUUUCGGAGACCGGCUGUUUCCGUACAUCUGGGAGAUGCUCCCGUCAGACGCCACCAGACCGUUGGAGGAAGAGGACUUCUCUCCACAAGUUAGAGACGCUGUUAUUACAUCCAACGGGAAGUUGACGCCUAAGUUUGAAUACAUUGAGAAACUCCGAGAGAAACGGGAAUCCGAGCAGAUCCUGAAGAAAGCGGGAAUGAAGCGAGUGCUUUUGCUGGGCUCGGGCUAUGUGUCUGGGCCAGUUAUCGAGUAUCUCACCAGGGAUGCUGGUACCCAGGUCACAGUGGCAUCCAAUUUUUUAAACCAGGCAGAAGAGAUGGCAGCCACGUAUCCUAACACCAUCGCUGUGAUGUUGGACAUCACCAGCCAGGAGGGCCACCUCGAGUCUCUGAUCAAAGACCAUGACAUUGUCAUCAGCAUGUUACCGUACACAUUUCAUCCACAAGUAGCCAAACACUGCAUUAAAAUGAAGGUGAACAUGGUGACGGCCAGUUACAUGAGCCCAGCCAUGAAAGAACUUGAGCACAGUGCCGAGGAAGCUGGCAUCACCAUCGUAAAUGAGAUGGGUCUGGACCCUGGCAUUGAUCACAUGUUGGCCAUGCAGUGCAUCGAUCAGGCCAAGGCAGACGGUUGCACUGUGGAGUCCUAUAGCUCUUUUUGUGGAGGUCUUCCUGCUCCAGAAUGCUCGGAUAACCCGCUGCGUUACAAGUUUAGCUGGAGUCCAUACGGCGUUCUGCUCAAUACUAUCAGUCCGGCCAUUUACCUGAGAGAUAACCAGAUUGUUAGCGUUUCCCCUGGCGGCGCCCUCAUGGACAUCACAAAGCCGAUGGACUUCCUGCCCGGUUUCAAUCUGGAGGGAUUCCCUAACCGAGAUAGCAGCAAGUACGCCGAGCCUUACGGCAUUGAGACGGCUCACACGCUUGUCCGGGGAACUCUGCGCUUCAAGGGUUUCUCUUCAGUGAUGAGCGGCUUUGUGAAAUUGGGGCUGAUCAACACUGAGCCGUGUCCACUGUUGGAUCACACAGCUUCUCCCGUUUCAUGGAAAGAGCUCCUGUGUAAACAGAUUGGAUUGGCCAGCACAGUGAGCAGCAGUGCUUUUGAAGAGGCUGUUUAUGAGCGGAUAGACAAGGACGACUACAGACUGCAGAGUCUCAGAUGGCUUGGAAUGCUCAGCGAGGAACCCGUUCCCCACGCCAACACCAUCCUGGCAGCAGUCGCAAAACACCUGGAGGCCAAACUCUCCUACGCUAAAGGUGAGCGAGAUAUGAUCAUCAUGAGGAACGAUGUAGGGAUUAGGCACCCUACUGGCGAGCUGGAGACCAAACACAUCAGCUUUGUGGUCUAUGGCGAGACCAAUGGAUUCUCAGCCAUGGCCAAAACUGUGGGCUACCCAGCAGCGAUUGCAGCUCGUAUGGUCCUCAGCGGCGAACUGUCCACCAAAGGGCUUGUGGUGCCAAUGACGAAGAGCAUCUACAGUCCAGUACUGAAGAGAUUGCAGGAGGAAGGUCUUCAGUAUGUCACCAAGAGCACCGUGUCAGAGUAACCAACGCCUGAUGAUCUAAACAAGCCUGUUUGACCGUCAAUAAGAAACCAAACUCACUCAUUUUUGUAUCACAGGAGUGUAUAAUGAGCCGGUAACAUCUAUUACAACUUGAUCUGUAGUAGUGAAGCAUUAGAGGGUUCACUGAUCUUUUAUCAUUUAUUCACCCUCAUGUCAAUACAAACCUUUCUGACUUUCUCUCUUCUGCACAACACAAUAGAUGUUUUGAAGAAUGUUGGUAACCAAACAACAUUGCCCCCCCUCUGUCUUCCAUGGUAUAGAGACAAACCACAGAGACAUUUCUCAAAAUAUCUUCUUUUGUGUUCCACAGAAGAAAGAAAUCACAUAAAGGUUCUGAAUGAAACGAGGGUAAAUAAGUACUGAAAGUAGUUUUAAUUCUUUUGUAAUCUUGAUCUUUUCUGUACGUUUAGGCAGGAAUGCUGGAGGUGUAUGUAGACUUGAAUACACUGAACAAGUGAGGAUUGGGGGCAUUUGUUAAAUGACAGUGUGUGUUCUUUUAAUCAGUCUUGUGACGAGAGAGUAUUUUAUUAUCUGAAGCGGUGUACAUAAACUCCAAAGAAGCACUUUUGUUGUUGCCUGGAUGUAGAGUUGCUUCUUGUUUAGUUCUGUUUGUUGUCAAACAUGAACCUCUUUCACAGUCAGUGUUUUAUUGAUGUAACACUAAAAAAUUAUUCCAAUCUUAAAAACAAGCAAUAACAAAAAAUCAUCCUCAGACAAGCAAAGUAUUAUGGUGAUGUUUUCCAGCAGUUAUCACAACUCUCUGAUGCUGAAUAUUACUGAAAGGCUUUGAGAUGGAAGUUUUCUGUUAGUAUUAUUUCAAUGUGAAAAUGAUUUUAGAGCAGCUGAAGAUGUCUUGAAUCUGUUUUGUUUUUCCUCAUUAAAACAAACCUGCUGUAUUUUAUAACAAUUCACUUUUUUUAUGAACA